GAUUGUUGCAGGGCUCAAUGGCGGACGGAGCAGGGUAGGCAGUCGUGUUAACACCGAGGACAAAAACGUUUUAUCUGGGUGAAUUGCUGACGUGACUCGGUCCGCCGCUGCGUGUCCGCAGGUGCAGCGACCGAAACGAGCUUUAUCAACGCGAACAGAACGGCUGCAGCAGUUUUCCGACGGUUUCGUUGAGUUCCCAUCAUCCCGAGCGGAGAAGUUGAAACUGUUCAUGGUGGCUGACUGAAAGCAGCUUGUUAGCGAACCAUGGGGGACUCUCUCGAAUUGAUCGGGAAGCGUCUGAUUUUGCUUCUCGCCGACGAGAGGCCCGCUAACGGAGCCGAGACGGAGCACGCUGCCUGGGCCCGCGACUUGCUCCGAGGAACGGUGCGGGCGGUGAGCGUGAUCGGCCUGACCGCUCCGGAGGCUGGCGACGGAGGGGAGGCGACAACAACAAGCAGCGCUGCAGGGCUGACGGUGUUUGUGGAGUUUGACAAACCAUCGCAGCGAUGUUCAUGGGUGCAGGUGUAUGACGAGGGGGUGAAGGCCGUGUUGGUUGAAGACUCUAUAGUUUGGGUCAGCCGCAGUGAUGGUACCAGGGUAACUGGAGUCCCAGCUUCAGCCACUGCCUGGCCUGCUCUGGUUUUCCGCUCGCUGGUGGACAGAGUGGGUUUAGGAUCACUUUUUCCUGUGGAGUAUUUUGGAAACAAGAACUUUGAGUUUUUGCCUGAUAACAAAUGUAUCCAGAGGUUUGAGAUUGAUAAAGACAUGAGACACCCCCUGCUGUUGGAGCAGCCCUCACUUCAUGCCGCCAUCUCCAGCUGGCGCACUGACUUUGAACUUCAGGAGAUCUUCAGGAAGGGUUCAUAUACUGUUCAAGGACGCAGAGUUCGUGUGUACCAGCCAGAGUUUGACGAGAGCUGGGCCUCUGGAAUGGUCUCACAGCAUGACCCCAUCUCACACAUUAUGGAGAUUACUUUGGAUAAGGGAGAAGAAAAUCAGAUGGUAGAUCCUCGUGUAAUACACGUCAUGCUAACGGAGGAGGAGCUGGGUAAGAAUGGACGACGAGGGAAAGACAGUGAAACAAUGAAGGGAGAUGGAGGACGCAGACGCAAAACUCCCUCGGAGGACGAGGAGGACUUGCACUUGAAACGUUUUAAAGGAGCUGCUGAUUCUGCUGACACAGAAACACAAAACCCUGGUGACUCAAGUAAAACUGUGGUGGAAGGGAUGGGGAUCUGGACAGGAGACUCUGGAGAAAGGAUCGGCAGCACAACCAAAAAUGGGAGCUCCACUGAGGGAAUCUCUCCCCAGGUGAGAGUGUCUCCUCCAGCCACCAAUUCCACACCCCACAUGGACCUGUCAAAUGCUCCUUCUCGUUAUCCUGCCCAAAUAAAAGAAAAUGGUCGCUUGAUUUCUAACCAAGGAGCAGCAGACCCCACCAGCAUUAUUACUCACACCCCCAAUCCUCCUCCACUUAAACCAGCGCCCUCCCUCCUCUCUGCAGCAUCUUUUCCUUCAGUAGGGCAGAUGCCAAUUCUGGUCCCUGGAGCUCCAACUCCAAAGUCCUCCACAUCCCCCCAACCAGAUAGAGAGGAUACCUGCCAGCCAGCUUACUCUAAAACAGCUGCUCUUGUGUCCCCGGGACCUGUCACUAUUUCCUGGUCACAGGACAGCAGUCCCAGUGUGGCUCUGUCAGGGUCUGUGGGUUUCAACCCUAAAGCUCCUACCUGGGGAAGCCAGACUGAGAGCUCCAAAACAGCGACAAGUUUUCAUUUGCCCCAAGCUGUGCCCAGUCCUCCUGUAUUUGGAGAUGCUCCCCCACAGACCAAUGGUGCUCCUGCCACCACUGUAGCCUCCCAGAGUACUCCAAGACCUUUUGGUUUUGGCUUUAGUGGAGCCAAGCCUCAGCAAGACCAUAAUCUGUUUUUUCAAUGUAUGACUCAGAAUUCUGGUACCAGCUCAAUCCUUACGAAGGGCCAGACCCAAUCCAAGGACACAAAUUACUUUACUGCAGUGUCUGAGAGUCUGAGUAAAGAGCCACCAGGCCUUUUUAAGCCUGCAUCUUCCACUGAAGGUCUAAAAAAGCCUGAGCAGCCCAAAGUGCCUGAGGUCCCUUCAGCAGGAAAUGGUGUGUUCAACAAAUCCUCAGCCUUCCAGGUUGGUGCUGCAGGAGGACGGAGUCCCACUUUAACGGCUGGUGGUCUCAGUGUGGUCCCUGGAGCCCAAAGUGCUAUUAAGAAAAACAGUAAUGGUGAAAAUUCUGCAGGGGGGUUAGGACUGCAGUCUGGUUUUAAUUCCACAGAUAUCCACCAGAACCUUUUUCUGCAGGCCUCCAAAGAGUCUGCUAAUCCAUUUUUGGCAUAUGGGGAUACGAUUGCUCACACAUCUUUUGUUGGCCUCACUGGGAAUGAGUCACAAACGUUGGGUGUUGCCUUGGACAGUAAGCCUAACCUGUUCACCAUGGCAGAGCCACCUAAAGGUAUUCUGUCCUCCACUUUCCCAUCAAUCUCAGCAGCUGGUUCAGUCAGCUCUUCUUCAACCUCCACACAUCCUCAAAGUGAGGUGUCUGUAACAAAGAAGGAGCAAGAAGUUGGAGAGAUGCCCACAUCCACCUUGGGCUGCCCCAUACUUGGAAGUAACGGUCCUGAUGAAGUGCCUGGGUCCUUUGACCAGAGCCAGUCUCAGAAGUUCAUCCUUGAAGAAAGAGGCCUCUCAUCUAAACGUGACUCUGAUUUUAGCAGCAACAGUGACCUGUCAGACCUUAGUGAGAAUGAGGACGGCCUUGAUAAAGGCCAACUCCUUGGAGAGCGUUUUUAUCCUUCCAAGGAUGGAGUCAUUCUACAGAAAACUAAAAUCCAAGGUCCUCCUAAAGGCCGUCCACGUAACAAGCCUUUCAAAGUUGGCCAGUCUAUACUCAAAGAUCAAAGCAAGGUACGCCGUUUGAAGCAGUCUGGAGAGUCCUUUCUCCAGGAUGGCUCCUGCAUCAGUGUGGCUCCUCAUUUGCAUAAGUGCCGUGAAUGUCGACUGGAGCGUUACCGUAAAUAUCGAAACACGGAGGACGACAGCGACGAAGACGACGACCCAAAUGUAGCUUGUCGUUUCUUCCACUUCAGAAGGUUGGCUUUUACACGUAAAGGCAUAUUGCGUGUGGAAGGCUUCCUAAGUCCUCAGCAGAGUGAUGCAAUGGCUAUGGGACUCUGGUUGCCUGCUCCAGCUAUACAAGAAGGCCUUGACCUCGAUACAUCCAAGUACAUCCUGGCCAAUGUGGGAGACCAGUUCUGUCAGCUGGUCAUGUCUGAGAAGGAGGCCAUGAUGAUGGUGGAGCCUCACCAAAAAGUGGCGUGGAAACGGGCUGUGCGUGGAGUCAGAGAAAUGUGUGAUGUAUGCGAGACAACUUUGUUUAACAUCCACUGGGUCUGUCGCAAGUGCGGCUUUGGAGUGUGUCUGGACUGCUAUCGGCUCCGCAGGAACAGGCAGAGAGAAGAUACGGAUGAAAUGCCAGAAGAUGAGGUUUUCUCUUGGUUAAAGUGUGCCAAAGGUCAGCCUCAUGAGCCACAAAAUCUCAUGCCAACUCAAAUCAUACCUGGAACAGCUCUUUACAACAUAGGUGACAUGGUGCAUGCUGCAAGAGGCAAGUGGGGUAUAAAAGCCAACUGUCCCUGCGCCAGUCGGCACACAAAGUCUUUGGUGCGCCCCACUGCCCCCAAUGGCAUUUCACAGCAGUCUGCGACAAGCAGUGCAGGUGGACUCGCAGCUGCAGCCUCUGGUACUAGCACUGCUCCAAAACCAGAGGGAGAAACGCCAGUGAUCAAAACAGAGCCGACACAAACAGCUACGCCCUCAGAUACUGGGGGUGGGGAAAGUGUGGGUAGUACCAGUAACUCCAUUAGUAGUACCUCCUCUCCCUGUAAUGUCACUCAGUCCCCUACCAAGGACUCACGCCCAUCAGGAGAGGGCAACAGUUCUGCGCUGCAUUGGUUGGCAGACUUGGCUACACAGAAAGCUAAGGAUGACACCAAGGAAUCCGGUUCACUUCGCUCCAUGAUGAGCCGAGAAAGUCGGCCUCCCUUUGGCCUGGACUCACUCAGUGUCCUUUCAAAGCCGUCUGCUUCCAGCCCGAAGCUGUUUAAUAGUUUGUUACUCGGCCCCAGCAUGACCCAGUCCAAACCUGAGGGGUCAAGCCUCCGCGACUUGCUCAACUCCGGUCCGGGCAAGCUGCCGCAAGGCCCUGGAGAGAGUGGGGUCCCCUUCCCCUCCGUUUUUACCUCAGCAAGCAGUGACAAAAUGAAGAGCAGCCUUCCAAACUUCCUGGAUCACAUCAUCGCCUCAGUUGUGGAGACCAAGAAGGCAGAGGGUCGUCGCUCCGGGUCCUCUGAGGGCAGCGAACUUAGCGUGUUGGGGACUCGUAAAGAUGGCGUUAUGGGUCUAAGUGUUUUGGAACCACAUACCUCACACACUUGGCUUUGCGACGGGCGUCUCCUUUGCCUACAGGAUCCCAGCAACACCAACAACUGGAAGAUCUUCAGAGAGUGCUGGAAACAAGGCCAACCUGUGUUGGUGUCUGGGAUUCAUAAACGCCUAAAGUCUGAACUGUGGCGGCCUGAGGCCUUCAGUGAGGAGUUUGGAGACCAGGAUGUUGACCUAGUCAAUUGUAGAAACUGUGCUAUUAUUUCUGAUGUAAAGGUCCGAGACUUCUGGGAUGGUUUUCAGACGAUCUCAAAGCGAUUGCAGGACAGCGACGGCAAGCCCAUGGUGUUAAAAUUAAAGGACUGGCCACCAGGUGAAGACUUCAGGGACAUGAUGCCCACAAGGUUUAACGACUUGAUGGACAACCUUCCUUUGCCCGAGUACACAAAAAGAGACGGUCGUCUAAACCUCGCUGCACGCUUGCCCAACUUCUUUGUGCGUCCUGACCUCGGACCAAAGAUGUACAACGCCUACGGCUUGACCUCAGCUGAUGACAGAAAGGUCGGAACCACUAACCUUCAUUUGGACGUGUCUGAUGCUGUCAACGUCAUGGUGUAUGUCGGCAUCCCUCACAAAGAAAAUAACAACGAGGAAGAGGCAGUAAUCUCUGGAUACAAAGAGGUCAUGAUCACUAUAGAGGAGGGAGAUGUGGACGAGAUGUCGAAGAGGAGGGCGAACGAGGGGAAGGAGAAACCUGGAGCUCUGUGGCACAUCUACGCUGCCAAGGAUGCUGAGAAGAUUCGAGAGCUGCUCCGCAAGGUGGGUGAAGAACAAGGUCAAGAGAACCCUCCAGACCACGACCCUAUUCACGACCAGAGCUGGUACCUGGACCAGGGGCUCCGCCGCCGCCUUUAUGAGGAGUACGGCGUCCAGGGCUGGGCUAUUGUUCAGUUCUUAGGAGACGCUGUGUUUAUCCCUGCUGGAGCUCCACACCAGGUACACAAUCUGUACAGCUGUAUCAAGGCGGCGGAGGAUUUUGUGUCCCCGGAGCACGUGAGGCACUGUUUCAGACUGACGCAGGAGUUCAGACACCUUUCUACAACUCACACCAACCACGAGGACAAGUUGCAGGUGAAGAACAUCAUCUAUCACGCUGUGAAGGACGCCGUCGGGACGCUGAAGGCACAUGAACCCAAACUGGCCCGCCCUUAGACGUUCUCCCCCAAGACCACUCCUCUACACACACACA